GCUUGCUUCCGAGCUAGAGAGAACGGACGUUCGGUUCUUCUGUUCUGUUCCUCGCUCUCUCCUGCGUCCUGCGUCCCGCGUGUGUGCUCAUGUCCGCUGGUGGCAUCUGCGGUUAGCCAAAUUUCAGGACCGCCUGCCUAUAUGCCACCAAACUGCUUUUCCUUACUUGGUGCUAAACACGUACCGGAGUCCACAGAGCAAACAGUGAUCUCCUGCACUACGUGCGUGCCAAACACUUACUCGACUAUCUAGCGCCAUUCUCCUUUCUUUCAUUCUUCUCUUCGGCCGCCAACGUUCCAGGUGAGAGAAACGAAGCACCGUCGAGAAGGCGAUUGACGACGCGUUGUUUGGCGUUGUUUUUGUUGUUUUACGCUUAGACAGAGCGACGAGUUGGCAUGAUUUUGUCGAUGGCAGGGCAUGAUUGGUUGCUGCCACGGAGUUGGGUCCUUUGACUAAUGACAGCGAAGCCGGUGAAAGCAGUCGUAGUCGUAGUCGUAGCACGAGGAGCACCAAGGAGUCAGUCGAACGGAGGACAAGCUAAACAGAAGCAGAAGCAGAAGAAGUCGCGUUGACGAGACCUCUUUUCGCGCGGUUACGUGGGAAUCGAUGCUUCGUCUGCGUCUCUAUCUUUCUUUUGCACUCUCUUGAGAACGGAGAAGAAAUCUUUUUCUACCACAAAGUCGAAGUGGGCAGGGGCAUAAGUGCCUUCGCCCGAGGCUGUUUCUCUCUCACACACUCGCCCACUCCCUUCCUCUCCCUGUCUUGCAGUCGGUCGAGAACUGCACUCCCCGUUCCAUAUCCUUUUGUGCUGGAUAGGUGGGUAGAUUGUCUCCACUCUUCUUUGCUCUUUUUUUGUGUCUUUGCCGCUCUAAUUUGCUCCUGCCGUGUGUGACGCAUCCCAUCGUUGUCAAUUCUCCGCGAACCGACGACGUACGUUGAGGUGGGGGGAAAGGACGCUGGGUCACGCAGCAGCAGAGGCUUCUUCUGGCUUGUCGCGGGCUGGCGUCGAGGAGCUUGCCCAUUUCAUACGAGUCUGUUUUGUAUGUGACGGCGAGAAGCACGAGCGAGGAAUAGAGGGAGGACGAGGGUACAGGACCUGACGGAACAUGCAAGUCUGUUCAAGCUGCUUCUACUUGGAAGUCGAAGCACAUCCGUCCGUGUGCGCUGAGCUACGAAAUUUCUAGUCUGGAGGCGUCGGAGAAACGAAUCUAGAGGGAGGGGAGGGGAGGGUAUCAUCGAGUCGAGGUAUUGCUUGCUCAAUGAGGGGUUUGGGACUGAGUUUGGAUUGCGCGGAGGAGUGAGGCGUGCAGAAGAACCAGGCAGGCUGUCGUGUUGGACGGUCGCGUGAGUCGCGCAUCAAGCGGACGACGGAGGGACGUACCGCUCUCGCCUUAACAGGAGAGAGAUUGGCUGUUGUGAUCGCUUGGGGCCGCGGGGGGGGGGGGGGUGGAGCGGGAGGGGGAGGGGGAAGGGGCUGUAUGAAAGGAGUGGGGUGGUGAAGUCGCGGUGUUUAGUGGUGGAAGCAGCGGAUUUAACAACCUGGGAAAGUGCGGUGAGCUCUCAGUGGGGGUCGUUGCUGAGCGACAACCGCGAGGGGCGCCGGGUGAUGCGAUCGCCCAAUUUGCGAAUUUGCGCGGGAUGAAACUCGAACAUGUUUUCGCAGGGGGCGUGUGUGAGGAUUGUGAGCAAUUGUUGUUGGUGCUGACACGUGGAGAUCAACAAAAGUUUAGAGGAUCUAGAGGACGAUGCGAGCGUUGAGGACGUUGAUGGAGGCAGAAGUGAAGAGCCCCGGUUCGGGCGAUCAGCAAGGCGGGCAGCAGCAGAACAGCGACCCGGGAAUCAAGUUGUUUGGGCGAAUGAUUGCGGUUAAUUUCUAUAAUAGGAGUGACAUAGACUAUUACAGUCAAGAGGGGGGGAGAGGAGGGGGGGGAGUGUCGGGCGGACAAUCGACGGCGGCAGUAGCAGACUGCCGGGCCGUUAGUGAAGAGGAGACGCCAGAGGCCGCCCAGGCGACGGAGGCCGCGGUUGGUGCAGGUGUUGGCACUGCCACAAUUGAACAAGGGAUGGAGGACGGGAGGGUGUCUGGGGGUGACGCCGGGAUGACGACGGCGCCUUGCAGCUUGACCAUGUCGUUUGCGCGAGCGCGCGCGCAAGGGGCGGGGUAUAAUAUGGUGCCCUCCGGAGGAGGAGGUGGAGGAGGUUGUGGUGGGAUGGGGUGGGGCUGUGGCGGAGGCGGAGGGUCCGCGGAAAAGGUCGCAGUGGGUAAAGGACAACCGGAGGGUUGCGGCGAAUUGCACGACGAGGAGCGACGGCCAAACGACCGCUCUUUUGAUCGGGACCGAAGAAUGGGGUCGGGAGUAUUGCCGUCUGAAGAGGCUGGGAGCUCAUCAGGGAGCAAUAGUGGCAGUGAUGAUGGCAACUUCGAGGCUGGCAAUGGAACACAAAGUAUGGCUCCGGGUGGGGUGACUGUCAUGUCAGGAGGACAUGCAAUUGAAGGCAGGGGUGAAAAUAUACCAACGACAUCCAUGGGUCAAGGGAGAGGUGAAGAGAUGACAGUAAAUGGUCUGGGUUUGGAUUCGUCAGGUGGAAAGGGCUGUGGGAGAAGCGAGGGUUUGACAGGGUCAACAGGUAUGCGGAUGGUUGGUAUGGAUGGAGAAGGAGAAGAGGGAGGGAGUGAGAAAGUCGAUGGGGGGAUCUCCAGUGGGGGUGGGCUCUGUACUUCGCAGGAGAAAACCAAGCGACCCGACAAAGCUGUUGCUUGCCCACGGUGUGAGAGCUUUGAUACAAAGUUCUGCUAUUACAACAACUAUAAUGUCAACCAACCUCGUCAUUUCUGCAAGGGUUGUCAGAGGUAUUGGACUGCAGGGGGUACACUCCGUAAUGUUCCGGUGGGAGCAGGGAGACGAAAGAACAAGCACUCACAGCAGAAAAGUGCAAACGGUCAAGCGAAUGUAAGCUCCGGUGGAAACCCAGCCCGAAAUAGCUGUGGAACAGCAAGUGCUGGCAUUGGGUCAGUUUCUGGGACAGUUCCAGGGCCUGGAUCGUCGUCAGGUUUCCCAAACUCGUCAGUGCCGGGAUGUGUCAGAUUGGAGGUGGAGGACGAGGUCAGCCCUUCUGGCAUGACUUCAGAGCUUGGAAGAGCUGAUGGAGCUCCCACAAGGUUUCCUGCGGGCACCAACUGUGGAGUUGCCAGGCCAAUUCCUACCUCCGCAUUGCCAGCCGGACUGGGGAUCAUGGGCCUGGGAAGGGGACUGGUUGCCGAAGAGACUACCUCGCUGCAAUAUGGGGUAUUCCAGCAGCUGCAGGGGCUCACUGCUCCACCUGUUCUUCCAGGAGGGGCGGUGGAAGGGUUUGGUGUGCCUGGAUUAGGCAUUCCGGGUUCAGGGGUAGAGGGGUUAUUGGGACCUGAUGUCCGGCGCAAGAAACAGAAGACGAGGCGGCUUCAGCAGGGUGUUACGCCCACUGGUUUGGCAACACCAGUUAGUGAAACUCUAGGCAGCAAUGAAGAAGAGGAGAGUGCCGCAGUGGCCAGAGGCUUUUGCGCGGUUCGAGAGACCACAGAUGCGUCCACUUGCACAUCCUCCAUGGCAAACACGAGUGUGUGCAUGAGCUCAGUGAGCAGCCUGAAUGCAGAUGGAGAAAGAAUGAAUGACCUGACAGGACCUUCAAUGAUGCCUUCACAAGUUGGAGUGCAGGGAUCAUCAGUGUGGGGACCACCUCCACCACCAUCUGUGGGAUUGGUGCGAGGGCCAGGGGGCAUGCAAGUGGAUUCGCUGGGCGUCAGUAUGGGUAUGUUCAAAACGCCGGGAAUGGAGGCGGGAGAGCUGGCAAGCGCAGCAGCAAGUGCAGGUGCUGGUGUUUGGCCAAGUGUGACACCCACAGCGGCGGCGAUGCAUGCAUCUCCUGGAACAUGGGGUCCUGCAAGCACGGGAUCGCCCUACGGGUAUUUCAGUGGUGCGUGGCCGUUUGGAUACCACUUGGGCUGGAAUGGGCACCAUGGUGGUGCCAUGGCUGGUGCUGGACCGGCAGCUUCAGGUGCUGCGGGAUGGGCCAGCACUGGACUCUGGCCAGGGGGCUGGGCUGGGCUUUCUCCAAGUUCCCCUUGGGGUGCUGCAGCUGGUUGGGGAAGCUUAUGGGGGAUGCCAUGGGCAAAUGCAGCUGCAGCUGCGGCUGUGGCUAAUGCAUCUGCAGGAGUCUCGCCGGCUUCUGUGCUUGGCAAACAUAUGCGUGAUGGGGGUGCCGCUGUGAUGAUGGGAAAACAAACGGUUGACGAUGCGAACUGUCUGGUCGGUCCUAGUGUGGGGAACCCUCCUGCAGGAAUGUUAAGCCCAACAGGGCAAUUCAAACCAAAGGGGUUGCACGAGGCAACCGAAGGCAGGAACAGAGGUGUGGGGGAGGAUGGUGGAUCGGAAGAAGGGGUAAUGGAGGGAGGGGGAGACAUGGGUGGAAUGGUCUGGGCACCAAAGUUGCUCAGGACCGGUGACGGAGUGCACGGGGAUGGCAGGAUAGGUGGAUGGAGUGCAGGAAAGGGGUUGUCAGGGCCAACUUCAGGCCUGGGCAGCAUGUUCAGGGCUUUCAACGGAGGGAUGCCAAAGGCACCGAGAUUUGAAAACUCCUCUUCACCCGUCAGCUUCGAAAAAAGGCUGUUCUCUCCCGAUCAGAAUGCGCGUUUGGCCAAUCCUGCUUCUAUCCCUAGGUCCAUGGCUUUUCAAGAAAGCAACUAAAUCUCUCUCUCUCUCUCUCUCUCUCUCUCUCUCUCUCUCUCUCUCUCUCCUGUCUCUUAUACACAUCUAGAUGUGUAUAAGAGACCCCCCCCCGUGUGUGUGCAUGCGCACGUGUGCACUCAUUUGCCUGGCCCUGAUCGCCUGUGGUGGAUGUGGAGCGAAUUCUUGGUUCUGUUUUUUUUCUGCAUGUAUCGGCAUGCUUGCCAUGCGGGCAAAGCUCUCUCUGAGUCGACAGCACUAGUAUGCUGUGUGUACAGCUUCCUGUAUUGUAAGCGGAGAAUGUACGUUAGUUUUACUGCCACCAGUUUGGAGGCUGGCAGGUAUUUGUCGUCAUUGGAUGGCGAUAUUCUUUCUUUCAUUGUUUCCUUUUUCCUGCUCAUUUUUUACCUUCUUUCAAUCCGUUAUUCGUCGUGCUUUUGGAAAGGUGGACUUACCUUUGACAAAUUCACCUGUAGGGGUACUUCGCUCUAAUCUGAUGGAUGUGCACUUUCCCUUCCUCAUCAGUUCACAUCCACAGAAGACUCUCACUUGUGCUCGCACAACAGUUCUCCUGCUGGCAUGCCUUCUCAUGGACCGAUUUUGAGCUGCCCUUGAACUAACUGACAAACCACCCACCCAACCAACCGACCGACCGAUGGUCCACUCAGCCGCCAAGUAUGCGAUCAUCAUGCGUGCGAAUCGUACACUAGUACACUCCACCCUCGUAUCCACCUUUUGUUGUGGUUGUUUCUGCAGUGCAUCCGAAUACCGUACUGGUUUCGCGUUUUGCAGUGCUAAGUGCAACUGCAGUUUGCGCUCUUGAGUGUGGCUGUCGUUAGUAAUUUUGCAUCCUUGCAAGUGUUCAGGUAGCAUCCUGUUGGACGGUCUGAGCAGUACAUGUGUGAUAUAUGCAGGGACAUUAUGGAGGAUGGUUCCGUUUGCGACAUGACCGCUCCGUCCGAAUCCAGUAGCGUUGAGGUUAUCAAGCAUGCCCUCGCAGAUUUUGAUGAUUUCAAACACUGAAUAAGGAAAAGUUGAGAUGUGCUCUCAAUUUCUCCACUUUAGGUGCUUAGUGACUUGCGGCUUUACAUCC